UGCAGAGCAGGGCAGUGUUUGUUUAUUUUGCCGUCUGCUGCGUGGGAAACUUCCUUGCCUUGGAUCGUUGAGAACUUCAGAAUGCCGAAUAAAUCCUUCGAGGUUUAAAACAAAACUGGUUUAUUAGAUCAAUUGGAGCCAACAUACAGUCGGUACGAUGUCAUUCUUGUCAGAGUUGAUUUUGCAACAUGCCAAGACUCAUUUGGUUCAUCACGAUGUCGCGGGUUCACAUGUCCCUAAAGUCUCAGAGUUCACUUUGGACUCGGUUCAAGAUUCACUCAAAGGUUCUUGGCUGAGUUCCUUGGAUCGUUCAUCGAGUAAUACAUUUAUCACAAUCAAAGAGUUGCUGGCGUGGAGGAGGGUCGUUCACAGUCACAGUGACAACGCUCAAUGCCUCGGUGAGACGUCCACCCUCCAUAAGGAUCAUACUGAUCAUCUAGGUUUGAAGCCAUUGAAAAAUGAGAAAGUUUUCCUCGUCGCUUGGUUGAAGACAGGACACAGUCUUCAUUGCCAAGGCGAGAGCGGAGAUCAGGGAUGCGUUGCCAUGACUAUGACUACAGACGAUGAGUUUUAUCUGAAAGAUGAAACGGGAUCAGUUCAGUGCCAGGCAUCUUUCUGUAACUGGAGGUGGCUUGAUCAAGCUUUGUUAGUUCCAUGCUGGAACUUCAUCCCAGGAGCUGAUGCGAGGGUUAGGAGUAUGAUUGAGAUCUGCCCUCUUUGUACCCCAGUGGUUGUUUCUUCAGACCUAUCAGACCGCCUGCUAGAUUUCAGCCAACGGUCAGUAUCCGUCGAGAGAGCUCUGCGGAUUCUUCAACGUCAUGACAGCUCAAGACAUGCCGUAAAUGAUGUCCACGUUACAGGGAUUGUUGUCAACAAAAGCCCUAUUAUUAGCGUUCGUGGCAAUAACCUUUUCUUCUUCCGGAUGGCUUCAGAUGUCUCUGGUAAGCUGAGCAUUCCAAUACUGGCCAAGGAAAAACCCCAACUUGUAUUCCUCCACAAGGCACUCCCGAUGUACGCUUCAUGUUCUGUGACGCAUCUUAGGCCAACAACAAUGGUGAAGGGAGCCAAACAGCCUCAUCACGUGUUCAUGUGCAAGAAAGAAACUACAGUGACUGACGUCAAAUAUAGCUGUGAUGACAAGAAGCAUGGGAACAGUAUAACGGGAACUGUUUCCAAAUGCAUCGAUGCUUCAUCGGGCAUAUAUGAGCUGGAUGGUAAAUGCAGGUUAUAUCUAUGCUAUCAAAUGGACGACACUGGGCCCUCUACAGCUGUGUUAAGGGUUGGGUCAGUCAUCACGAUAUACAAUGCACAUCACCACCCGAAGACACUGCCUGAGAUGCCAAGAGUUGUUUGCUGCAUGAGGAGCUCAGUCCACAUUGAUAGAUUCUCUCCUCGUGACUCAGGCCCCAGGAAGAAGUUGAGUCCGUCCCCAUCGGGGAUGGUUCGAGUCCUCCUGCAGUACAGUCUGACGUUGAGCGAGUUGGACUGGCUCUCUGAUGUCAUGAAUUCUCUAGAGAGAAAGUUUUCGCCAACUUACUUGAGAAAGAGAGCUCUUCACACGUUGCUAUGGCGACUGUUCAACACCCCUUCCACCGAGUCUAAGAAACCCCUCCUGAGAGGGAAGAAGAGAAACAUCUAUGAGGAGUUUCUGAGUUCAUCUCAUUCAUGCCACGCCUCCAGGGAGGUAGAAAAGUCCCCUCCAUGGCACUUUCCAGACCUAGCUGAAGUUUCUCAACUUGGCCAUGACCAGGAAGACGGAGAGGUGGAUGUUGAUGAUGGAAGCUCUCUCCAGCUUUCCGACUCUCAUUUCAAAGUGACGGAAUCCAAGCAUAUGAAACCGCCGAGAAUUCUUUUGGGCUAUUUGCAUCUCAAUCCAUCAACAGGCCGAGUACAGCUUAAGGAUCAAACAGGAUGCGUGGACUGCAUCAUUACAAACACCAUCCCAUACCCUCAGACAAAUGGACACAGAGACGAACCAACAGAUAGGAUUAAGCAUUCAUGCCAUCCACCCGUAGUAACCAAAAUUAAAUUAGGUAAGUCUGUCGAGAGAAGGUGCUCCUGGACCUGUUACCAUAUGCACACCUGGUGUCUGGGACAUCUCAUCCGAGUUGAAGGCUUCUUGAUCAUUCAGGAAGCCUUGUCGCUCAUUCUAGCCAGACCAUCUCCAGGAUCUGAUGAGACUUGUGUACCAGAGAGGAUUUGUUCUUCAGGUAGAGUCAUAGAGAACCAGAGCUCUGUUGUGUUCAGCAUGCAAUCUGUGGAGUGUCUGAAUUGUGAAGCAUCUGCAACUUCAUCAAGAGUACCUCAUGGAAAGAGUGGAACUCACAACAGAACCAAAACCCCUCACUCCAACAACGUUUCCACUCGCAACCUCCAAGGGGAAGAUCUUCCUACUUCAAACCUCACGUCAGACAAGACUGCUAGGACUGAGAAAGAUCCAAAAGUUCCAAACAAUGAUUCUCUAAGAAAAAACUUUUUACUCCUUCGUAAAAGUCAGCUCAUUAGUAAUUCAGAGGGUUCCCUCUUCUUCUAUGCCCAAGUCUUGCCCCUUGAGGAUCUCACAUUGGAGGAACAAGCCAGCGAAACUCUUGCCAGUUGUAGUGAAGGAGACAUCCAUUCAGGAGUAGGAGUGAGGAGGUUCAAUGGUUCUUCAGUGAGGUGGUAUAACACGUUACACUGUGGUUGUGCCUACAUGGUCAGAGGAGAGACGACUAAAAUCACCAAGGAUGAACUACUGCAUGGUACAUCUUUGUCAUUGAGGGAGCUAAUGCUGAUGGAUUGUGACAAUAUUUGCUCAGUCUCAGAAGACGUCAUUCUACAACAGGUUCAGGCGAACUUGCUUCCAGCAGGGAGUGUAAACAAGCUGGAGAAAGCAAGAACUCAGUUCAGGAAUUGUUGGCAUGUCAAAGGUGUCUCUGAAGUCCCAAGCCACAAAGCAAGUUCAUCAGAUGGACUUGUUUCAUUUCAUGGAAGAAUCAUCACAAGAACGGAGAGUAUGAACGAUGAAAAAAAUCACUGCAAUAAGAAGAUAAAGACGUCUCAUCAUCAGCCCAGGUCUCAAGCCGGUGAAAACUUGAUCAAGUUUGUGAUAGCACAUCCUGACGACACGUCAAGCACCCUUGACGUCCACAUUACCAAAUCGUCAAUAGAGAAUACAUUGGGGCUUAUACCAGGUGCCUAUGUAACAUUCAGGAAUUGUAGACUCUGCCAUUCCACUAUUGGUAGUGUCUACAGCUGCUCGUUUCCUUGGACUACAGUGACAGUGGACUGCAUUCCAAAUGACAUCAAAUCAUUUUCUGUUCAAGAUGCCCAUGCAAAAGAUGAGUCCCAAUCAUCAGAUCUUAGCCAAUCUUCAGAAUCAUCCUUACUUCCUAGGAGGUACUACAUCUCCCAGCUUCUUGGCACUCCAGACAUCGUUUCUCCAUCUCAAGUCAUCAUCAUUAACUGUCAUCUUCAGACUGUCAAGUACCUCAGUCUCAAAUGGUCUUGUCUGCGCUGUGGUCAUAAGGAUUGUGUUUGUAGCAGCAGUGACGGCCAGACUGGAGGGAUAACUGCGUCAAUCAGGUUUAUGGUUGAAGAUGGUAGCGGUGAAGCCAUUGUGUGGUGCAGUGUGAAUUCCUGUAUAGCUUCACUUCUAGGAAUGACUGAGAAUCGUUGGUUGCUGCUGGAGCACGCUGUAAGGCAAUGUCAAGAAGUGGUCUACUCAUAUAAGCCAGAAGACUUCAACAAAGAGAUGGAGAUGCCAGAAUCUUCUUCAGAUAUUGAGGGUUGGUUGAGUGUACUUUGUAGUCAUAAGAGUAUUCAGAAACCACUGGUAUUACACUGUCAAACCAUGGUGUUCAUCAACAGGAGUAACAAUCCAAACACAGGUGAGGGGCCAAUCUCUUAA